ACUUCGCUUGGUGGUUGUUUCUUGUUUUUUUAUUUCUGACUGGGUGCAGUUACUGAGUUCAACAUAGAAAUAUGAAGGUUUUUUUGACGCUGCCGGUUCGUUAGUCUGGUAAUUUGCCCGGAACUACGAAUUUUUGCUUUAUUUCCUCGGAUAGAAAGCCAUCGCUAUGGCAGAACUUGAAUCUUUGAACCCCGACAGUCGUGUCGGAACCAUUGGGUAUAUUAGUAAGAUUGAUGUGGAAUUGAAUAUAAAGACGGAGGUUGAGAUAAGGGUCAAACCCGAGCCACACGAAUGCGUGACGUGCUCGAGUCGGGGCCGCGACGGACUUGAUAUCUAUAACAGUAAUACGGCUUCCGGCAUCUCAUUGUAUGACUUCCUAUACAAGUUCACACGCGUAGACCUCUCCGCAGCCGAAAAUUGCCCCAAAUAUAUGUGUAAGACUUGUUUUGAACUUAUUAAUGUCUUGGAAGCUGCAGAACUAGAAUAUCUAAAGCUCAAGCAAGCCUUUGAGGAUAUUCUUAGCAGAAAUCCUUUAUUUGACGCAACAUCCCAUCCUGUUGAACUUGGCGCAGUAAAAACAGAAGUUUUUGAUGAAAUCUAUAACACAAGGAAUAGAGAUCUAGGACCUGACUCUGAAGAUGAACCACUUGCAGUCACUAAAAAGAAGAGACACCGAAAACCUGACAAAACAAAAAAGAAGCUUUCAAAAAAUGCACCUAAAAGAAAGCCAAAGAAUGCAGACAACAUUGAAAGUUGGCAGUGCAAUGUGUGUGGUAAGAAAGGAGAUACUGGUGGUAUUGUGGCGGAGGCAGCCCACAAGUUGGCUGUUCACAGCUUGGUCGCAGCCGCAGCCCCUAGCCUCGAAAAUGUUAAGAGAGAAGAUUCAACAGACGGAACCCACAGUCCAGAUUACAGCAACGGUUUUGAUACUGCUAGUGACAGUUUAUUCAAAAUUGAAAUGGGUGAUUUCGAGGAAGAUGAUGAUGACAGCGACAACUAUAUUCCGGAUGACAUCAGCACAGCCGAGGUGUCUCGUAAAAGAGCGCGAAUACUGUCAGCGAAAAAGAGAAAACGACGCGAGGACAAAGUCAUGCAUCAGUGUGAUCAGUGUGAUUUGAAAUACUCGUCUAUGGUGAGGCUCCAGCAGCACAAGCGAAAGCACGACGACUCGAAGCCACCGUACAUCUGCGAGGUUUGCGGUGCUCACUACAAGCACAAGCGCGCAUGUGAUAUACAUGUCGCUCUUCAUAAAGGUAUUAGCGACUGGAAAUGUGAAGAAUGUAAUAAGCUCUUCCCAUCUAAAGGUGCACUGCAUAGACACAAUAAUAUACACACUGGGAAACCCAAUUAUCAGUGCGACCUGUGCGGCAAGUCUUUCAUCCACACGUCGUCGUUCAAGAUGCACAAGCUUUCGCACUCGGGGGUGAAGCCGCACGCAUGCGACGUGUGCGGGCUGGCGCUCAUGACGCGCUCGCACCUCAAGCGGCACAAGCGAGUGCAUAGCGGCGAGAAACGCCACGAGUGCCCCAUCUGCGGGAAACGCUUCUCCGAGAGGUAUAAUUUGGUAGCUCACAGCAAAUCGCAUUCCGGCGAGGGUGCGCAAGCGCCGGCGACACCUGCAACGCCACCACCGCGGCGCCGUCUGUUCCGCUGUAAUUUCUGCCAGGAGCGAUUCGAGCGCCGCUAUAUGCUUGAGAGACACGUAUCCGUCGUCCACGGACGAACGCUAGAGCGGCCGCCACCCACUCCACGCAACACCAUGAGCAAAAUGCUUAAGGCUCAAGCGCAAGCGAGACGAUCGCCAACUCAUUCGUCUAACGAAACUACUACUAAAGAGGAACCGAGCCCAGAUACCACGGAAAAAAUACCGACUUCAAGCAGUGCGUGGACCAAUGCUUAUGUCCAGGAAUUUGGAUUGAGACCGGAGUAUCAACAUUGAUUGUUACUUCUUUGUGAGCGGGCAGAGUUAGUCACUCUGCCAGCCACAUUAGAGCCAGGCAGUUCACUACUUCUCAUGUGAAGAAAUAACAGUACUUUUACAAAAACCACAUUAACGACAAACAAUAAGAGAUCCUAUGGCCGUAAACAAUUGGCGUUCGUACAAGUUGUUGAUUUAGUAGUUACUCAGGUCCAUGAAAUGAUUCCACUGUGACUUAGAAAGGUAUUACUAAUUACUAGUGUUUUAUACACUCAAUGACACUCAUAUUAUUAUUUCAUGUGGGUGCACGAACCUAACAUGCGUAUGGCAUGUAAACUAGUUUGAUUACCGAUUAAUUUCUUACUGCACAUGUUGCCUAGAAAAUAUAAAAUUUUAGUAAAUAAUGUAUAUACGAAUAAUAGGUAAAAUUGUGGCUAUGAAAGUACUAAGCCUGCAGUAGAUUGUAAAUAGUUAAUACUGAUAUUAAAUGUCUUCUACGUUUAGUUAUAAAUUAUUCUAGUUCACUGGAAUACAUGUUAAUUAAAACUAUAUUUUUAUACUGUUACUAAAUUGGCACUAUAUGAUUAGCGCAGUAUGGUUAGAUGGGGUAAGAAGACCACUGGGGCAAGACACACUUGUAGGGAAUUCCCAUACUGUCUGUCUUGCCCCGAGCAAAAUAAACUAUGCUAUGCUAUUCUUACCCCACAUGACCUUCACCAAUUAUAUUUAUUUUUUAUCUGUGGUUAUUGUUAUGUACAUGGAGUUUAGUACACCGCCGACUUGUUCGACAGUAGACCGGACAGCAGUAGCAUCAUUCAUUUCAUGCAGUUCUUGCAUGCAUUUUUAUUUCAAUAAUACGCUCAUCAUCACCUUUAGGUGGAUUUUUAAGAAGGAUUUACAAGUUAAAUAUUUGCAAAGUCGUAGAAUAUGAAUAAAUUAAACAAAAUUCCAAUAAACGCCCAUACGAUGUGUAACACGUUUUUGUUAAAAAUUGUAUUGCAUUUUACACAUACGAGGGCUGCCUUUUAAGUUCUGUCGUUUGGUAAAACUAAAGACAAUAUAAGUGUUAAUUGGUAUUUAUUGUUUUUCAAAGUAAUCACCGUGAUACGUAAUACACUUUUUCAUUCGGUCGAAUCAGUUUUCGAAACACUUAUUAAAGUCCGAGGUCGGGGUCUCCAAAAUGGCCGUUUUGUAUGCAUCAACCGCUUUUUCAGGCGUUCGGUACCGUUGCCCACGAAGUCGUUGCUUGAUUUUUGGAAAAGCGAACAAGUCAUUGGGGCUUAAGUCUGGACUGUACGGCGGGUGUUCCAGAUUUCCGACGUUUUGCUCUUUUAAAAUCUCAAUUGUCUGCCUAGCGGUGUGCGAGCUCGCAUUAUCGUGGUACAGUAUUAUACGACGUCUGGGGUUGUUUUUUAGGAAUUCGCUGAUAACUUAUGGUA